AUGUCCGCCGCCUCCUCGCCCAACCCCGGCGUGCCACGUCAGCUCCCAGCCACCUCCACCGCGCCUCCUCUCUCCUCCCGCCACCGCGGCCCGCCCGGGCCCGGGGCUGGCCCGCCAGGCCCAUCGGGGCCCGAGGCGCCCAGAUCCGCGCCGCCGCCCCUCGGCUCCCGCUCGCCCGCCGCCCGAGCUCGGUCGCCCGCCGCCGCCGGACUCCGCCUGCGCCGCCGUGCGUCCUCCGCCGCCGCAGCGCCCGCCGGGGCCACCUCCGCCGCCGCCCGCGACGGUCCGCGCCUCCGCCGCCCAUGGCCGCAGCCGCGCCUCCCGACACCGCCGCCUCCCGAGCGCCGGAGCGCCUCCUUGCUCCGCCGCGCCGGAGCUCGCCUCCGCCCGGCGCCGGAAGCCUCCUACGCCGCGCCCUCGUCCCCUCCGGCGAUCUCCACCGACCCCCGAUCCAGAUGCAGUGAGGUCUCCCCGCGUUGA